GUAAUGUGUUGGUGCCUUGACAUUCGGCUCACUCAGACUCAGCCUGUUGGCCAGAAACUGUCUGUUCAUCUGAACUCCACCUGAUGUACCGCUUUAAACAAGGCUCAUCAGCGGCAGAUACAGGACGUUUACCAGCUAACAUCGUGCUGCUUCUGCUCUUCUCUGCGUCACAGGUUUAUGGCUGUCUUCCUUAGACGUGGGCUCCUCUUGGCCUUUCUUCGUACCCUUGGACAAGGCAGCAACAAAGCCUACCCCUCUGCUCUACCUGCAGCUGUUCUAGGAGCCUGUAGGAGUAAGAAGACCUGGCCAGUGAGUUUCCCUCAGGAGGAACUGAGGAAACGCCUCACCCCAAAGCAGUUCCAUGUCACUCAGGAGAGAGGAACCGAGAGUGCCUUUACUGGGGAGUUUGCAUACCAUAAAGAGGAGGGAACCUAUCACUGUGUUGUCUGUGGGGCCCCUCUCUUCAGCUCAGAUUCUAAAUUUGACUCGGGAUCAGGCUGGCCGUCCUUCUUUGACUUGUUGAAGGAGGAGUCCGUCUCUCUGGCUGAUGAUUUCUCCUACGGCUUACACAGAGUAGAGACUACCUGCAGCCAGUGUGGAGCUCAUCUUGGUCACCUGUUUGAUGACGGUCCAAAACCUACAGGAAAACGCUACUGCAUCAACUCUGCUUCCCUGGCGUUUCAGGCCGCAGGCCCGGAUGAGGGCAGAGCCUCGACCUCCUGCGGCGCUGCCACUAGCGGGAAGGCUGACCUGUAGGGGCACAGCUGGCAGGCAGACGAUUAGGGAAAGUCGUACAGCUCAUUAAAAAGAUGCUUCUUUGUUUUUGAUGUGCAGACAGAGCGAAACACCAGAAAAGUUAAUGAAUGUAGCUAAACUGACAGAUUUUGACCGUCUUUGAAACUGUAAUCUGAGGUAAUGGUACUAUACCAGAGCACUAGAGGAAUAAGUCAUCUGCUGAUUUCUACAACAUGGCCGUGGUUUCCAUAGUAACCAAUUGCAGCCACCAGUCAAUCCCUUUCAUGCUUUAAUGAAGAUCCUUUAGUGCUCUGGUGUGCUUACAAAAAGGAAAUGGAAAAAUACUUUUUAAAGGAAGGCUGUAGAUGCUCAGUAUUGCCACUGCAGUAUGCUCAUGUAAUGUUUUUCAGGACAAGUCAAUACAUCAUGAGUUUGAGAGGCAAGUACUGAUGAAGGAGUUUUAGGUUAUGUUACAUUUACCGUUUUUCUUGGCAUCAGUCACUUAAAAGUAGCAAUUUUCCUUGUGCACCCAAUUUUCAUCCUCUGUAAUAUUUGAAUAGAUUUAAGCCAGGAAAUGUUUUAUUUUUACUUCUUUUACUCUGUUCCUCUCUUAGCUGUGCUAGAUCCACAUGCUGUACCGUUUCUCUUUUCACAAAUAUAUCCACAUGUGUCCAACAACAAGCCUUCCAGACAGAUUCAGCUAACAUUGUUUGACAUUACUGCAGGAAUCUGUAGAGUGAAGUGUGAAGGCAGGGUUUCCAUGGUGACUGGACGGACACAACAGCAAAGAUGAUGAAGCACCUUUCUUCAUAUGCAUAUAAAAUGCAUAGUUUCACUGGAUAUGAUGACAUAGAUACGUCAUCAUAUGUUCAGCACCACAUGAGUCUGUCCUCAAGUGUGUUAACACAUCCAAUCAGGGUGAGGAGAAAGGAAACGAGGUUCAACCAGCAAACACUUUACUUCUCCGAUGUUUAAACACAUAAUUAUAAUUAUGCUUUAAAACAAUUCUAAGCCUUCUAACCUUCAGUCUGUCAUACAACAGAAUCUUCAGUCAGAGGCCUUUUAAGAUUAGCUGUAAUGCAGACUGCUACAGGAGAUCUUUCCUGCCAACAGAAAACAAUAUCUACAAUAACUCCAAAGAAUCUUUAAUUAAUAUCAGUUACAACAACAUUUAAUUUCCCUUUGAGAUCAAAUAAAGUAUUUUUGAAUUUUGAAUUUGAACUUGAAACACGAGUUUAGAAUCUGUUAACAGCCAGAUCAUACGUUACAGAACCUAAAGUCUUGGCUUUGUUUGUGCCAUGGCUGCACAUUGUGGAUCUGUAGGUUUAGUUGCACUAAAUUAAUCUGAUUUGUAUUAGAUUAAUUCUUAAUGAUAUUGCACUGAGAAGUAAUGAAAUAUCUAUGCAAGUUUUUGAUUGCAGUGUGAAGCAUAUUGGAACACUAAAUGGGUUUUGAUGUUUUGAUUUGCCUUUUUAGGUCAGAAAUAUUUUGUGUUUUUGAUUUUAAGUGUAGCCACUUUCCUUGCAGUUUGAUCUGAUCACCUGGUUAAGUGAAUAAAAUAUAUUCAUAAAA